UGGACUCACACCUCUGAUUACUGCUCAUCCUCCAGCCAGCUUUUCUCGCAGAUCUGGAACGGCUACAUUUCACAGACGGGAUUUUUUUUUGGGUUGGUUCUGGGCGGACAGACUGCAGCCACCUGAACGCAGGAAGGAAACAAUCUUAGUUACAUUCCGACGCUCAGUUCUGUGGUCUCACCUGUACUGCCGGUGGAGAGACUCGCUGCGAUCAUAAUGCAUCCGAAUAAGUGCUUACCUGAACUGAUGGCCGAGAAAAACAGCCUGGACCCUUCUUUUGUUCAUGCGGUUCGGCUUCUAGCGGAGGAGAUUGGGAAAUAUGAAGGUGAUGAGCUGAAAAAAGAUGUGGACACAAAGAAAUACCUUGAUAUUAUCAGCAAUAAAAACAUCAAGCUCUCUGAAAGAGUUCUUAUUCCUAUCCAACAGUAUCCAAAGUUUAACUUUGUAGGGAAGCUGCUUGGACCGCGAGGGAAUUCUAUGAAAAGAUUACAAGAGGAGACAGGAGUGAAGAUGUCCAUCCUUGGCAAAGGAUCCAUGAGGGAUAAAGAAAAAGAAGAAGAAUUACGGAAAAGCGGGGAGGCCAAAUACGCCCACCUGUGUAAUGAUUUACACGUCUUAAUUGAAGUCUUCGCUCCACCAGGAGAGGCCUAUUCCCGCAUGAGUCAUGCCUUGGAGGAAAUUAAAAAAUUUCUUGUUCCAGACUACAAUGACGAGAUUAGGCAAGAGCAGCUGAGAGAAUUAUCCUUGCUGAACGGAUCAGACGAGUCGAGCAGAGGGAGGAGCAUACAGGGGAGGAGCCUGAGGACAACAACCACAGCAUCCACAAUUGUGCUGCUACCUAGAGGAGGAUGUGCCAGAAGGAAGGAAGGUGUUCUAUCUCACCUCAGGGAGAACGUUAAAAAGGGCCACGGAGGUUCAAGCAGAAGAGCAGCAACACCACGAGGGACAACCGCAGCCACACACAGCAAACUUCCCAAAACUGCUCUGACGAGGGACUUGCAAGCUCCAAGGGCCAGGGGGGCAGCAGCAAACUCUGGAUACAGGCCCCCACUGUUAGCAGCCACACAUGAAUCAUAUGAUGACUAUGGCUAUGAAGACGGAUAUGAUGAAGAAUAUGAAGACGGGACUUACGAAGCCUAUGAUGAAAACUAUAGCACUCAGACAAAGAGCAUUUCAGAAUAUUAUGAACAUGGACACGGGACCAGUGAUGAAUCGUACAACAGCUAUGAAGAAGAGUGGACAAGCCCCAGACCCAUUCUCAAAGCUCCAGCUUUACACCUGACAAGAGGAGGCUACAGAAAACAUCCCUAUGAUACUGAAAAACACCGUAAUGUGCUGUCAUCAAAGCACAGAGAAACACUGCAGGGCACAAAGAAGACAGAUUCAAGAUGGAAGAUUCCCUUCACACAUUUUCAUCUUCAUCCAAAGAGAAAAUUCUUGGACAGAGACAGAAGCAGACUUCGGAGGAAAAUCCAAUGUGAGACAUGAUGGAAGACCCACAGGCAUACUUUGUGGGACACCUGGUGGACUAUAAAACUUUCAAGUCUGAUUGUUAUGGGCAUAGACUAUAAUAUAUAAUAUCCUUUGGCUAUAUAGUUCUGUUUCUCCUAAAAUCUACAGAGUUUGCAUUUGUAGCUUCAAAGACACAGAAUUUUAUUGUUUUCAUAAAACUUCAAUUUGGUUGUAUUAUGAUAAAGUAGCAGAAAUUACCAUGGAAUAUGUUAACAUUUUCUCAGUAAAUGUAUUAUUAUGGGGCUAUUGGCAUGAAAUUCACACCAGGUUCUAGAAAAUAAUUCACACAAGUCUGCAGACUAAGUUAUGUGAAAUAAAAUUGGACGCCCCAGGGUAAGUACUAACGAGAAAAGUAUUUUUAACUCCAGUUUUUUUUUCCAAAGAUGAUGAGCAGUUAGUUCAUUGGUGUAAUGACGUAACUGGAAUAUAAUGUUUGUGGUGAGGAGAAUUUUAUGUGAAUAGCCUCUUUAGAAAUAUAAUCACUGAGAAAGAUAUUGAUGCAUUGAAUGCUUAUUUUUCAAAUUAUUAUUGUCCUCCGUUUUUUUAUUUUUAUUUUGAAAAUCCCGAUUAUUAAAAUGGUGAGAUGUUUUCAUCUAGCGACUGCUGUGAUUUCAGGCCUGACCGACUGCACCCUGUGUCUUUACCCCAGUUGUUGUAAUAAAUGGUACACUUAGGGCUGCCAACAGGAACAUGUUAGUUCAUUAAGUAAGUCGAGCCCACUGCCAGCGUCCUGACCAAAUGUCACAGCCAGUUUACAGCCCUGCUGGUAAAUCCUCCUGCUGCUCAGUACAGCUUCACUUCUAGUCAUUUCCUUGGGUCUUCAUAAUGAAUGAUGCUCUCUGUACCUCUAAAUAUGGCACACGGUAAUUAACGUCAGAGAUUGAUAGAAGCGAGACAAGGUCACUACUGUUCAAAUAAAUGUUCAUAACUGACUUCUUUUUGAGUUCCUGUGAUCAAAUUUAAUUCACAAAACAGCUUUUCAGUUGCCUUUUGAAGCAGGCACAUCAAAACAUGUUUGAAGUGCCUCACUUGCAAUAUGAUCUUCUGCAUUAUAUUUGUUGCAGAAGAUCAUCUAUUUCUUAUUGUUUUGGAUGGAGGGGGAUUUCACACAUCUACAAAAGGUAGACACCCUUCUCCCUCCCUCUGAUAUGUGCUUAAUUCAUUUGCCUCAUGACACACUCCACACAGCCUGUUAGGCAGUAUGACAUUUAUCUCCCUGGAUAUUACUUGAUCUAAAUCCUGAAAGCACAAAGACACUAAAAGUGGGUCAGGAUUUAGCCAACGUGCUUUGCCUCAACACAGUGUGUAGCGUUAACUAAGACACUGCAGCUUUCUCCAUCAAGGACAAGUACCUGAGCAAACUCAGCUCUGUUUGGACAGCUGCUCGAUGAGCCAGAAUAGAGAAUGAGGGCUUAUGAUCACCAGAAGUCGAAAAGGGCCUCUUCAGCAUCAUGGCACUUCUGAUGAAAUGAUGUCUGUGCAGAGUCAGAAGCCUUUGGUGCGUGUGAGUGAUGUUUAUGUCUUAUUUUUCUUAUAUUUUUUUCAAAGAAAAAAAAACCCUGACAUCUAAGUCAGGUGACAGACAAUAAGGAUUUACUGCUUGACUUGCAAUUUUUAGGAAGAUAUGAGAGAAAAUGAAGACAGAAUACUGGGUUGCAUUUAAGCUUAGCUUUUGCAAUUGUUUGCUUUUUCAUUUUUGUCCAGAAGCCUCAUUAGAGCUGUUUUACAGACAUGAUGAGUUCUGACAUAUUUAGGUGCUCUGUGCAAAAGGAAAAGCUAAGCAACAGAAUUGCACAAAUUGUGCUUUUUACUAAUGAAGGGUUGCGAUGCAAAAUGUCUUCACAUAUGCAGCACUUGUUAAAUAUCCUGUAAGAAAUAUGCUAUUUGUAACAAGAGUUACAAAUAGCAUAUGUAACACCAGUGGUCACGUUAGCCAAAUAUUUUCCGUCUUUGAGUAUUUCGUUUUUUCUUUGUAUGUAAACGUUGAUGGAAAAAUCUGUCGGCCAUCUGUUAUUUUGACAGAAUUCAAAGUACUUGGUGCGGACAGACAUUUUCAACUUUAUACUCAGAGUAUGUGUAACUAAUUCAAUCAAACAAGAUUACCAUGAGAGCAUCUAAGCAUAAUUUCUGGACACUGACCUAAAUGCAUCUCACUAUCCAGGAGCUGACAGCAUGUUGAAGAAUUAUGGAGGUUUUGGAGCGCAUCUGUGACCACUACACUAACUCUGCUGCAGCUGAACUACUGGUGCAAAAGGAGUACAUUCUGCAGGAGUUCCUCUUAAUAAAACAGAUGUUUGAAGGAUGAUAAAUUCCUUUGUUCAGAAAGUCUAUUUCAAGAGUGUGGAGUUAACCUCCAGAAAAGCAUCUAAAUUUCCAUUAGAAGGAAUUUGUCUAAGGCAGAGGCAAAGUUCAAAAUAUCAUAACAAUAGCCUCUGUAACAAGCUUGAAACAUUUGAUAAUGAACAAGCAGAUGAGGAAUUCAGCAUCUUGCAGGACAUGGGAAAGUUAUUAGAUUGUGUAUCCUGGCCGCAGAGGGUAAAUGUUCAUAUUUUAGUUGCAAUUGUCCAUUCUUUGUACUUACUGGGGCCAUAGUCAGAGGUUCAGUUAUUUUGGAGAAAAUGUCACAUGUAUUCAUCUGCUUGAUGUCUGAUAGCAUUAACUGGAUUCUCUGUUAAGGUUGAAUAUUAUAAUAAAUGAAAAUUAAAUACAACAAAAUAUGCAAUUUUCAUUUAAAAAUUGACAGAUAAGCAGAGUAUGACAAGAUGUUUUGGAUGCUGCCAGUCACAAAAUAAUAAUAGUAAUAAUAAUAAUAUUUACUGCAACUACUGGUGCAUUCACUUAUUUGAUAUUCCUGUUAAAAAGCUCCUUUUUAUAUUGACUGCUUGUUUUUAAGUAGAGUGUGGCUGCAAAUAUUUUUCUGCCAACACAAAGUGCUCUUAAAAUUAUUUAUCUGCUUUGAGAAAUACUGGAAAGGUCUGGUAUGAUUUAUAGGUUUAUAGUUUCAUGGUCUCAAACUAUAAUAAACUUUUUCAUGGUCUCAAACUAUAAAACUUUUCCCUGUAAGGUUUGAAAGUAUUCAUUCUUACGUUGUUUUUUCAAUGUUUGAGAAAUGUGUACACUUCACAUUGGAGUUGUUUGUUAAAUUGCCUGUUUAUUGUUUUCACAUAUGCAUGGUAAAGUUAUUGGACUACAUAUAUUGAUUUUAUAAUUUAGGGUAAUGAGAUACAAGGUCUUCUACAUAGGCUUUUACAUUCUUCUGUACCAAUUGUCUUCUAUUUUGUGAAUGUCCUGAAUUUUUUUGAACUUUUUCGUAAUUUAGAACCACAACCUAUCAUGCAAACAUGGUUGCCUACAAAAUCUUGCUGCAUAAUAAAUUGUGCAAGGCUAACAUUGUGAAUGAGUUUCUUUUAUUUUCUGACACUAAUCCAUAAUUUUUCCAUAAAUCUUUUUUUAGGUAAUAGAUGUGCAAAAUGUGUUGUGUUCUAGGAUUAAUUGUGUCAACAUCUCUCUGAGCCAUGAAUUCUGAAUCUCCCUAAAUGGAAGGUUUUCUCAUGCAUUGUGCAGAUAAUCUUCUUAGAAGAGUUUUGUAUUUAGAUUACAAAUCAAGUCAUUUAUGAAUAAAGAUUAUGUGCUCUUUGGCAACUCUGCUGCUGUAAACCACUAAGGGAUAAGCACAAAAGAUGCUUGUAUGUGCCAAAAAUAUUCGCUAAUUAUGAUUUUUGAUCCAAAUCUUAGGUAUCUGAAAGGAUCGGACAAAACAGAGUGUCUGGUUGUGUGCAUUUAUUCAUUGUCCCAUUACCUUGUAUUAACAAAAUGGUUAUGUAAGUUGUUUUUGUUUUUGUUUUUCAAACCAAUUUGAAAUAAAACA